AACAGUAUAUUAUAGUCAACUAAUCCAGUCACUCUCCAUUCACGGCACAGUAUAGACCAUGUUUUUGUGUCAUUGAAAUCUAAAACAAGUUUUUAACUCCAAUUUUUAUUUCUAAUUUGAUUUUAAAUAUGAAAAAAUUAUAUAAUUAUAUAUUAUAUUUUAUAUAUUAAUAUAAAUUAUAUAAUUAUAAUAUAUCUUUGAUCAAAAGUGAUAUGAUAAAAUUUUUGUUUGAAAGUGAUCAUUGAACGAGAAAUCAUGACAGAUAAAGAACAUAUCUAUGACGUUCAACCAGCAACGGUAGACGAACAUUUUCAAUUGCUUUUAAAUUGUAAAGAAGAAAUUGAUUCUAAUUUUGUAAAAGUGAAAGCAGAUAAUUUACCUGAGUGGUACGAUGAAAAAUUAUUCAAAAAAGGUCAACAACUUUGUAUGGAUUACUUACUAGCAAUGGUCAAUGCAAAUCUAUCAGGUUUAAUAGCGGUAUUAGCCAUCCCAGAUAUAUUGGAGGUUCUUGUAGAUUCGAAAAAUAAUAUUACGGUACCUCUAUCUCUCAAACGAUACGCCCAAACAAUAUUACAUAUAUACGCACUCCAUAAAACGGAAUUGUUAAGCCCUGAUUCGUUGUGGUUCAAAGCAAUAAAUGCCAUUCGGUGGAGGCAUUCUAAUGCCAGUAAAAAAAGAAUUCAGAAAGGUCUUAAUGGAAUAUAUCAAAAAGAUAUGGCAAUUACACAAUUCGGUUUCAUUGGAUAUGUCUUUUUGGUUCCCGAAAAGUUGGGAAUGACAAAUACUGAAAAAUAUAUGUUAGGUUUUAAUCAUUAUUGGCAAGUUAUAGGAUAUUUAUUGGGCAUAUCAAAUAGAAUGAAUAUUUGUAGAAAAACAAUAGCGGAAACGAGAGAAUUAUGUAAAAGAAUACAAAAUGAGAUAAUAGCAAAACACUUGUACGACCAGCAUCCAAAAUUUAUGGAAUAUGUAACGAAUGUAACGAAAGGAAUUUGGUACAUGGAUGUAUCGAUCAAUCAUGACACUUUCUUGUAUUUAACAUAUGAUUUGACAGGGUUAAAAUAUAAGAAACCUCUCUCAUGGUACUCGUAUCUGAAUUUGAAAUACCGUCAAUUUAUAAUAUAUAUGUACGAUAAACCAUAUAUUGGUUUUAUAAUACGAAAGAUAUAUAAUAAAAUAGUAGUAAUAACCUUCUGGAUGAUUGUAAACUUUCCAAUACUAGCAUGGAUAUCAUUUGGAAAGGAAAAAAAAUCAUUAACUCUUUAUCCAAAUCUAUAACAAUAGUGUAAUCAUAUGAAACUAUAAAUUUUUUAUAAAUUUCAUAUCAAAUAUUUUAUGAUAAUUAAUAAUAAUUGUCAAAUAAUUGAUGAUAAUUAAUAAUAAAUAUUAAUAUUAAUAAAGUAUAAA